AUGUUUAGCAGAAACUUGGCUAGGUCUAUUGAACGAAGCAAAUUCUACAGCCAAUCGAGACCAUUCUCAUUAACGGAUUGGAUCAAAUCUUGGAAGGAUGCCGCACAAUCGCAACGUUUAAUCUAUCCACCACCAGCAUCACAAUUCACCACACAAAAUAGGAUUAUAGAUGUUUGGAUCACAGAGAAGCAAGAUAUUUACAACUACAUAAACGUUAAGCCACCAUUAUUACUCAAUUUCGCUUUUGCUACUCCUAAAGAUAAUAAAGUUACACAAGCGUUGUUUGAUGUGCUUUCGGAUAAGUCUAAAUACCCACUGGGGAAAGAGCCAGUUUAUUUGGUGAACGUUUUGGCAGAUUCCGAUGGUGGUAGGGAAUUGAUGAUGGAUUACGUUGUUGGUAGCAAAUUGCCAUGUGUGUUGGUAUUGAAGCACCAAUUGCCAGUGGGAAGAUAUGUUCCCGAUUUGAAUAAUUUUAGUGAACAAGACAUUAUUGAAUUUUUGAAAGGAGUAUAA